ACAAAGCCAACUGUGCAACUCAAAAUACACUAGAUCUGGCCCGAAUUCACCUCUUUCCUCUGCGAAGUUCUCCACAAAAUGGGUGUAAACGCAAACUUGGGGAUAAAGGAACUUUGUUCUCACUUAUUUUUUUGUGAUACAUUUUUUUGUUGAGUGCUGAAAGUUGAAACGUGGUUGAUACUUUUGACACUGAUUUUUGAUGUUUCCAUGUCUCUGAUUGGCAACAUUGUUGUUACUAGUCAAACCAUAACAUAACCUAAUAAGUAAUUAAAAAUAAGUGAUAAUAGUGUGAUAAAAUGAUGGAAUAAUUCAAGUUUAAGUGAAUAAAGGUUAUAUUUUAAGUGCGAAUUUAUAAACCGUAGUGAAAUUUUAUCUUUUUUUGGGAAAUAGAAAUCGUUGAAUUCAAAAUGCCGCUCAAAUAUUCACCACAGGAAUAUUCCCAAACCCUUCACUGGAACGACAUCCUAACAUCAGUCUACUUGCUCUUAGACUUGAGCUUCUUGUACUACAACAACCUUAUUUUAUCAAUCGGCCAUUCCGACUCGAUUUACAACAUUUCACUCCUCGCCGCUCUAGAAUUCAUAAAAUACRUCAUUCACAUAUCUAGAACCAAGACUAGUUUUUACAAACAUCACGCCAAAGACUUUGUUAAAAAUAUCACCGUGUUGCUCGUCCUCUUUGCAACAGUUUACGUAGUUGCUGUUUUGUUCGGCGCGCCUGUAUUUUCCGACUUUCAAGAAACUUGCAUGUUUUCACUGAUUAUCACAACCUUCACUGCGCUUCCACUUUGCUUGUAUUUUGGGGGCGAUAACACUGUAAACAUGUUUCUGUCAAUUGCUUCGUACGAGGGGGGCGAUGUUCAGAAGCUGUUUAUGGUGAAGCUGCGUCUGACUUUGUUUGGGGCGUGGCUGGGGGCCAUUGUCAUACCUUUGGACUGGAACAGGCCCUGGCAGGACUGGCCCAUCCCGUGCAGUGUGGGGGCCAUGGUGGGCUACAUGAUCGCAAAUUUCUUAACUUCUCUACUUCAACAACAGUAUUUUGCCAAGUUUAUUCGCAAGACCGGAAAAUAUAUGCUUUAAGUUGUAAAUAAUAAACUCAACUAACAAUAAAUUAAAGUUGAUAUAUUUAAAACAGA